UUUUCAAAUGCAAUUUGAAGCCAACUUACAGAUGAAACGCAUCUAGUACUAAUACAAAACAUGUGCUUUAUUUUCUGACGACUAGAAAUCGAUAGCUUGAACAUACCAUAAAAAGAGGUUUCGUUUCGCCGCGAGCUCUCAAGUGUAAACUUUAAAAACAGAAAACACUUUUUGUCAUUAUUAAACUGGACCAAGCAGCUGAAAGUUUUGCGUUUGCUAGUCACCAGAUGUUUCAAAACUCGGAGAAAUACUGGAAAAAGCAAUGCCAGGAGAAGGAGGAGGCUAUUUCGAAGCUCCGGAAACAACUAAAUGAAGCCAAAAAGAAGAAACCGAAAAAAGGAGAGCAAGAAGCCAUAAAUAUUAUUAUUGAAUCAGAAACAUCUUUGUUUGACCAAUGCUUGGCUGAAGUGACGAAAGUGAAACAGAUCAAAUCUGAAAAAACUUUGGAAGUGGGCAAAAAAUUCGAAAAACUUUCUCCAGAUGAAGUGAAACAGAAAGUAGACGAGAUUCUCCCUGUUUUCCAAUUGGACUACGAAACAAUGGAAGCUCUUCUAUCCGAAUUUGCGACUCUCAAAGGCGAGAAAAACCGAGAAAUCGCUGAUUUGAAGCAGCAACUGGAUAGCAUAAGGUCCCCUGAGAACUCGCUUAUAUCACCUCGAGAAAGCGCUCCAACAAUCGAAAACGAUGUUAAGCAUGUUUCAUUCGAAGAAACAGAAGAGAACGAUAGCCCAGUUCAACUUGAUAUACCUUCAGCGGUAGAUGAAAACAAAACCUCUGAGGCCAAAUCAGACGAAAACGGGGAGGACAACACAGAGAGUUCAACGAGUUCCGAAAAUCAAGUAGAUGUCAAAGAUUUAAUCCGAGAUGAAGAUUUGAACAAUGUUCCAGUUUUGCUAUCGACUCUUGUCAGAGAACUCCAGGACGUGAAGUCUAAAGUUUCGGUGAUUGAGAGCUCGGUAAAUCAAGAACCGAUGCUAAAGUUUGCUCCUAGAGGUGUUUAUAUGACCAGCCCUUACACUUCUCCGGGCUUGCAAGAUUACAGCACUUCGGAGUCAAGCAAACCAGUGGAGCCAAAAAUGGACUUUGGAACUUUUGAGUCUAAGCGGAGUAAGGAAAAUUAUGAGCCGAAUUUGAGGGAGCAGUUCAAGCGGGAGCCUAGUCGCAAACCAACCGACCACUACAAAUCUGCUUACCUUAUGAAAUCAUCCCAGCUUGAACAGAUUCAACGCGAGCUGAUCAAACUAAAGAGCGAUCAGAACAAGUUCGCACGUUCUCUGUUCACAGCCAAAUCCACAUCCUACGAACCAGCUAAAGUGUCUGCCAAACCAAUAUUCAGUUCUCGGCCUGAGUCUGGUGCGAGAACUAAUGGUUUUACAAUUCCCAGGAGAUUACCGGAUUCUGGAUCCAGGGUUCCAAAGGGUAUCCUGAAACCGAAAGGGGUCUCUUCGUUGGUACCGAACCGGAGCCUCAACUUAGUGUCCCAAUGGAACAAGACGUUGGUCAAGGUGGAUUUUGGAGACGAUGAAUACUAUGACGAGGAGUUUGCGAGACUGUACGAAGAGAGUAAUCAGUCGCCCACUGAUGUGGUGACGUCACAAGAUGAGGAUGUAUACAUUGGAAGACGACUCAGAGAAAGCGAAGAAUAUGACUGGACCAGAGGACUCAACUACCCAUCUGAGAUACUGAGUCAGGACACACAAGACAGGGGGGAGAAGUUCUUGAGGAAAGUUGUGAAGAGGUAUAACCGAGACCACCCCGAGGAGAUGGGGGAGCCCGGCUGGUACAGAUACGGGUCCGCUGACAGAGACCUAGAGAUGAUCGAACGCGCUCUGAAGAACAGCUUCGUCGAAACUGAAAACGGAGGACUUGUAUACGUCAGCGAUGCGAGACCGAAUUACUAUUAAACUACUGGACAAAAUUCUUAAUCUUUUUUACGAAAUUUUUAUUCGCAGAAUAAUAGGCACAAUUAUUAUUACAA